AACUCGUUAUUUUCUCAUAUUACCCAAAACACCUUCAAACUUAUCUUCUAUAAAUAGCUUCUUCAGCCUUCUGCAAUUGCAUCACACUCAAACUUGCAAAAGCUAAAAUCAAUCCUCUUAAGUUUCAAUCAAACAACUCAUUUUCCUUCUCUUGCUCAGUUUCCUCACAAAAUGGCAAUCCGGUUCCCUUCUGUUCUCUCUAACGCCAAGCAAAUUCUUACUAAAAGUCAGCAAGUAGUCCCAAAGGGUUACAUCCCAGUUUAUGUCGGAGAACAAGCUGAUAAGAAGAGAUAUGUGGUACCACUUUCUUACUUGAGCCACCCCUUAUUUCAAGACUUGCUGCAGCGCGCUGAAGAGGAGUUUGGAUUCAAUCACCCUAUGGGCGCUCUCACUAUUCCUUGCACUGAAGAAAUUUUCUUUAAUCUUACUUCUGAGCUUAGGUGCUACUAGGAAAUUUUCAUGUCAUAACAUGAUGAUGUUUCAGUAGUUCUAAUUAGAGUGGGUUUUUGUUAGAUCUUAUUGACACCCAGUAGAAACACUGUACAGUACAGAUGUAACUUUUCCCCCUAUCUGCAAUUCUGCAUCAUUCAGUGGGGUGAUACUAAUUAUAUAUAAAUUAUUGAUUCAGUUUUUGAAUAA